AUGGAGAAACAAUUCUUGGGCCUAGAGCUGCAGCACGUACCUCGCGGCACGAACAAGGAAGCCGACGAUAUCGCUAAGAGGGCGUCCAAACGCCAGCUGCAGGAGCUCGGCGUCUUCGAGGAGCGACUCUUCAAGCCUUUAGCAGCCCCUCCGGCUGGGGUGCCAACACCGCCUCAGGAGGAGCUUCCCCCGCCACCAACCUCGGGAGCCCCCGCCUGCGGCCCGACCUCAGGAGCACGCCUGCUCCUCGUGCUCGAGCCUCAGGAAGGGUGCUGGACCGAAGAAUUCAAGGUGUACCUGCUACAAGGAACCCUGCCGGAGAAGGAGGAAGACGCGGAGCGCGGGACUCGGCAGGCCACAACCUACUGCAUGCAGGAUGAUGAGCUAUACCGAAAACGACCAAACGAUGUUUCCUUGCGAUGCAUCUCCAGGGAGCAGGGGUGCGAGCUGUUAACCGACAUACAGGGUGGGGACUGCGGACAUCACUCGUCAUCGCGCACCUUGGUGGGCAAGGCGUUCCGCAGCGGAUUCUACUGGCCCACGACACUCAACAACGCAACCGAGCUGGUGAGAUCUUGUGAAGCCUGCUAG